AUGAAGGAGAAGGUGUACUGCGUGGUACCAGAAGGCGUCGAGAUGGAUGGCGACUUCGACUGUCUCGAGUUGGUGAAGGCGAUCUACGGUCUCAAGCAAGCUUCACGUGUGUGGAACGAGACUUUCGAUGAGUUCGUAUGCUCUAUCGGUUUCGAAGCGUCGGCGUUCGACCCAUGUCUCUACAUCAAGGUUGUCGACGGUCAUUGUGUGCUCGUGCUGGUCUACGUGGAUGACGUGUUGGUCACCGGCAGCUCGCUCGAGUUGAUUGCGCAGACGAAGGCCGACCUCAAGACGCGUUUCGAGAUGACCGACAGUGGCAAGUGUACUUUUGUACUGGGCAUCGAACUGGUGGAUGAAUCGGAUGGCAGCGUGACGAUGUGCCAGCGACGGUAUGUCAACGACAUCCUCAAGCACUUCGGCAUGGAUGAGUGCAAGGCCACAGCAAGUCCGGUCGACUUGAGCACUCGGCUUGUCGCAAGCACCGAAGCGGCCAAGAUCGACGUUCCGUUUCGUGAAGCUGUGGGAGCUUUGAUGCACUUGACGACUGCGACGCGCCCGGACAUUGCGUAUGCUGUGGGGUACGUCUCGCGCUUCAUGGAGAAUCCGCAGCAAGAACAUUGGACGGCGGUGAAGCGCAUCUUUCGUUACUUGCAAGGGACCAAGUCGCACGGACUCCGCUUCCAGCCAAGCGACAAGAUCGACUUUCGUGGCUACUCGGACGCGGACUGGGCCGGCGACCACGCUGAUCGCAAGUCGACUUCGGGUUACACUUUCAUGCUGAUGGGUGCUCCUGUGAGUUGGGGAAGCAAGAAGCAGUCUAGUGUGUCGCUGUCGACGAGUGAAGCGGAAUACAUCGCAAUGAGUCUGGCCAUCCAGGAAGGCAAGUGGGUGCAUCGAUUGUUAUGCGAAAUUUUGGCGGCCGCAAACGAACCAGGACCGGGCCUCGUCAUCCGUGAAGACAACCAUUCGUGCAUCAAGAUGACGAAGAAUCCGGUGAAUCAUGGCCGCGCCAAGCACAUCGACAUCAAGUACCAUCACAUCCGUGAUGAGGUCAAGCGCGGUGAAGUGCAGCUCGAGUAUUGCGAGACUUCCGAGAUGAUGGCGGACAUCAUGACCAAGGGACUUUCGGGACCUCGCCACAAGGACUUGACGACGGCUCUCGGCAUUCGUGCGAGUUCGGAUUGA